CUUCCAGUCGUCGUGUAAAAGGGAAUGAUUUGCUUUAUAUUACAGCUUGUGGAUAACAAAGUAUCGCUUGACACGACGGUGUUUUGCUCCACCGGCUCAGUUAAAGAGCAAGUGAAUGCCAGAGAUCGCCUCACCUGCACUUUCUCUGUGAUUUACCUCAGUAUUUCCUCCAUCUCUCUGCAUGGUUGUGAUUGGGACAGAGCUGCCAUGGUUCAUAAGAUGUAAGGACAUCAUGUGUAUCUUUUAAAAGGAAGAACAGAAGCUAAAUCACACAGAAAAGAGGAAAGAGAAGGAUUUUUACUGACAAAUCCUCAUUAAGAGCUGUACCGGUGAAGAUGAAUGUUCUGGAGGCUUCAGGAGACCCAGAGGGAGAAGGCAGUGACGACUUAACAGGAAGGAAGAAGUCCAGGUUAAAGUCUAAGUCACGCCUGUUUGGGAAGAUAAGGAGGAAACAGGAUGAUAGUGGCAUGAAGCCGAGUCAGUCUGAAAGUGACAUCACACUGAGUGUGGACGACUCAGAUUGCUCCAAAGGCAUGCUGGGAUCCCGGGCAUUUUCAAAUGACAGCAUUUUUUAUGCAGAGCACAGUCAUUCAGACCCUGAACCACUAAGAAUUCUGUCUCAAGAGAACAUUCAUGGCAAAAUUCGAGCUCUGCAGAUAAAACUCCAGCAGCAAAAGCUGCAUUUAAGUCCUCCCCCACUUCUGUUGCCCAUUAAACGGCAUGAAGACUUAGGUGGAAGUUCAGAAGAUGACAGCCUUCCUCGUAGCCCCUCUGAAGUUUCCCGUGGAGAAGGACUAUACAUGAGCAUAUCGAACAAGGCUUCUUCACAGCCGCUUUCUCCUCAGCUGGUCAGCCCAACACCUGCACCCCUUUCCUUCAGCACUCCUCCACAAUUCACUUCCCUCCUGGACAACUCUGCUGCCCGUCACCGUAUGUCCCUCAAACCUAAGAACCAAAGAGCCAGUGCCAAGAACAGGAGGGUGACCACUUCGGCUGGAAGCAGAGCACGAUCUGAGAGUUUGAACAAUCUGGACCGAUCGCUGACUACUAGGGAGGAAGAGACUUCUGUAAAAGAGAUACCUCGCACUCGCUCGUAUUCCUCACAGGUCUUACGGGGGGAGAGGCUUACGACUUCACAAAUCAAGAGUCCAGUUCCAGUUUCACCUUUAAUGUCUCUGCAGACGUCUGGAGAUAUUAGACAAGUUUCUGCUGAACCUGAGAUUGAGAGAAACAUCCUGUCCACAUCACCUCCAAGCCCUAGCCUACAGGAAACAACUCCAGCUGCGUCACCAGUAGCCAAACCACCAAUCUCAGUGGUGCCAAUUGACAAAAAGGGAAAAGGAGAAGUGAGUGAGAUGCUCAGUAGCUCCAAACUACUCAAGAACACCCAAAGUAACAUUGUGUCAACUGUAAGACCAAGUGUAACUACCACACCAGAACUGAGUCCUGUGAAAGAUGAGAAGUCUAAUGCUGUGCUAAUACAAACCAAGAUGGACAAAAACAGUGUUCAGAAUGCAGUAAAUAUAGAGAAAAGCCCAGCCUCUACUCAUGCUCCAACCAAUGUGAUUUGUGGAGUAAACCUGAGACCAUCAUCUCUGAGGAGAAAUAUACCUUCCACAGAUGACAAACAUGAGUCCAGGACCCUUCAGCCAGUCAGCACAGUGUCAGCUAUUAGUCAUGAAGAUCACACUCAAACAGAAUCCAUAAAGCGCCAAAGAACUGUGUCUGGAUCGUUCCACUUUAAUGUCUCCUCAGACAAGAGUCAAGAGCGGCCGAGGACUGCAAGCUUCACUGGAGUAGUUGGACAAGCUGGACUGAAAAAGGAACCUCCAUCUCCUGCCAAACCUCCUUUAAAUAUCAAGAUAGAGUGGCAAGUAAGUUCACAAGUCGAGAAAACAAUAAAAGGCCCAUCUGCUAACUUCCCACCAAUUUCAAAGAAGGAAGAAAAAACGGACACUUCUCCAGUGAUACCAACAAAGUUCACUGAUCUAGCAAAGAGCCAUCCUCGGGCCCCGGAUGUGGAGGAGAGUCAGGACAACGAGAAGCAGGAGAUUGGGGUAGAGGCUACUGAAGAAGGAGUACAGGAGGUGGAGGUGGCAGAAGAGGCAGUUGAGGAUGUGAUGGAAGAUGUGACUGUGGGAAAAGAGAGAGAGGCUACAAAUGCAUUCGGAGUGAAGCUUCGCUCUACCUCUCUUUCGCUAAAGUUUCGCUUGGACAAAGCUCAAUCAGAAGACAGAGUUAAACACCACAGUGCAUCGAUUUCACCUCCGGCCUCACAAUCUGAUUCAACCAGCUAUCUGCAAUCUGAAGACCAAUGCACUGGCAUGGGGUCUACAAAAGUCCAUGCUAAACUCAAAGAACCUUCUCUCCAAACCGAUGCGUCCGCAACCUCAGUUCAUUCCUCCGGUUCACCACCUAAGAGUUUCUGUAGAGACAAAGAGAGAGCUGGCGUCCUCAGACAGGCUGAACCUUCUCAGCCCUCAUCAUCAGCCAGCAAAUCCACUAAGAUUGUACCUUCACCAGCUAAAGAAGGUACAGGCUUGCCUCCAGAAGAGACUACAGCGGUAUCCUCUCAGGAGAACCCACCAACAUCUACUGCUUCAGAGGUGUCCUGGAUGGAGAUGGCCAGAGAGAAGACCAGAAGUCUCCAACAGCUCUUUACCAGUAGACUGCCUGAGUUUCCUAGCUUGCAAUCUCGACCAACAACCUUGACUACAACACAACCACAAACCCAAACAUCCACUUCACAAGCCAAUCCAAGAAUCACACAGAACAUUUCAAGCCAGCCGAUGACUACACAACCUCUUUUGAGACCUACAGAAACAAAACUGCUGCCAUCUGCACAGCAUUCUGGAAGAUCCACACAAUCUGCCACUCAGUUGAAGCAAACUCAGACUGGAACAACAAAAAACCAACCUUCAAAUUCAAAUCAGACUCAGAUUGACAGUACCAGAGAAGUCCAGUUUCAGUCCAAGACUCAAAUGUUUAAUUCAACAACAAAACCAACCCAGUCUACAGUUACAUGCACAUUGAAUGUGCAAUCCACUGCUGUAAACACAGCAAAACAGCCAUCACAAGCAUUGGCACCACAGACACCACCCAUCCAGCCGUCAUCACCACUGCGAGCAGCAUCACAGACCCCCACACAAGCUAUACUGAGUCCCACAGCACCCCCAGGUUACCCACAUCUGUCGUCAAGCCCAGAGUUAACGUCCCAACCGUCUGCCAAUACUAUCUCAAAGGAUCAGCCUCAGAAUGAGGGGGGAGAGCCCAGUGUAAUCUCAGGGAAAGCUGACAGGGCGUCUGCAUCUCAGGGGAAAGGGACCGGGCCUGAAGAUGGCAGACCAGUGUGGGCAGCAGGAUUAGGAAACAAGACCUCACUCUUACAGCGCUGGGAGAACCAAACAACUGCUGCAACCAAGACAGGUGAGUCGAAGUCCACAGCAGAGUCCCAAACCACAUCUCAAUCUUCAGCUCCUCUCAGACCGAUCUCAAAGCUCUCAGGCAUAGGCACAGGAUUCGACUCAAGUUUGUCAAUGCAAGCAUCAGUCUCUCCUGGUCCCACGAGGUCAGCAGACAGAGAGGAUAAAUGGCAGCAGAAAUCAACGCCACCAUCAUCACCUUCAUCAUCUCCUCUGCAGUCUGUCCGUGACACUGCCCAACCAUCCUGGAUGGAGCUGGCCAAGAGGAAAUCCCUGGCAUGGAGUGAUAAGACUAUGGACUAAAAAAACAGACAUGGAAGAAGAGUUUACGAGUGCAAGAAAGAAAUAUUCAGAGUUGGAUGCUGAGGUUGCAGGAUCUGAGGGCAUUUUCAGGCUAGCGUUUCCUGAAGUUGCAUCCAUGCAGUCAGAGGUUUGCUUCAUGUGAACUUCAGUAGACUUUGAAGUUGAUGUUAAAGCAGUGUGUUCUGGAAGUGAACCACUAUUGCUUAUGUAUAUUAAUGAGGGAAAGUUGCACAUUCAUCAGUCAGUAAACCUCCUAAUAGUGUUUGUCUUCUAAAACCUCACGUGAGCUGCUUGCGUUCUCUCCAUGUGAAGUAUGAAUGUAUGCACAGCAGAUAGGUACCAACGAAACAAAAAGGAGAAGUUAAUAUUUUGAGAGUGAAGUCAUGUUCUCUUGCAACACUGGCUAACAGCUGCUGGUAAUGUAUUUUGUAAAUGCACCACAGUGCAGCACAACAGAACUGAGUGAGAAAGUAGAUCGGAGAUGGAAGGGGAGGGAAACAAAUUCAGGUUGAGACUCAAUCAAAAGCACCCUGAGUGAGAUCUCAGGAAGAGAAAUAGAUGGUACCAUAUGUUUUACCUACUCACACGUGUGCAGACACACAAAAACAAUAACGGUCUCCCAUGUAAUAUGUUGCAAUAUGUAAUAUGUUUCUCAGGUUUAACACAUUGUAUCAUUGUUUUCGUGUGAAAAUGAUUAGUAUGAUUAUUUCCUUUCCAAUGACAAAUUUUAUUUAUUUGCAUAAAUUCAAUCCAAGAAUUUGUAUGUAUUGUGACAUUAUAUCACCUGUUGAUUUUCUGGCACCUAUUAGAUUUGAAGAUUUCUGUUCUUUUAUGUUAAAUGUUAAAUUAUGUGACUGUAAGAAUAUUUCAAAUUACUCUGAGCUUGCUUUUGAAAAUACCAACUCCAAUUCCUUCACCAAUAAAUUCA